AUGGAGGCUCCUCGAGCUCGCGGAAUGGGCCGAUCAGGACCCCGACGCCGCACGGGCUGUCUGACCUGCCGGGCACGUAAAGUCCGUUGCGACGAGGCUAAACCCACGUGUGCCAAUUGCACUCGCCUGCGAUUGCAAUGCACCUACAAAACCACCAUUCAGACGGUCAUCCCGCGACAACGGCAUGGCAGUCAAAGCUCAGGCACAGUCGCGAGCGCAGCAUCGGCCCCCACCAGCACCGCCAGCACCACCUCAUCCGACCGUCCAGACGUGAACUUCUUCCACACCGUUCUCUGCAAUGACCGACUUUCAGCAUCGAAUUCAGGAUCCCCGCAGCAGGUCGGUCCCAGCAAUCGCCCUCAACAACAACAGCAGCAACCCCUAGGUACGGAUAAUAUCACCUCGUUUGAUAUCCUCAGUUUCAUCGGCGAGAUCACCUCCGACUUCCAGCAGAAACACCUCGAUUUGACUACGAAUGGCCUGGCGGGGUUCCCAGCGGGCUCGGUCCCGGCGGCGAUCGCGAACGAGGAACUCGACCAGAAUGAACGGCCGAUAAGUUGGGACGCGGGCUCAGUUUCAGUCAUCCACGGUGAUCGUUCAGAGCAAGGGUCUUCUUCCGAUACAAGCGGUGGUGGUAGUAGUGGUGGUGGUGGCCCUGGUCGGUUGACGUAUGAGGAUCGGUUGUUUGCACAUUUCGUGGAGGGGGACCCGCCGCCUACGAUAUUUGGGCCGGUGGAUUUGGAUUGGGAGUACGUGCGUGCUAAUGUUGUUGCACAGUCGCGCGAUAGUCGCGCAGUUUUACAUGGGAUUUAUUGCUACGCGGAGAUACAUGAGGCGUUGGUUGAGGGGAAAGCGUGGAAGUUGGCGUCGAGGUAUCAUCAGCUGGCCUGUUCGGAAGUUCAGUCGUGCUUGCUGGGUGAAGUAGGGGAGACGGUACUGAAGAGGGUGUUUACUACGGUAUUAUUGUUGAUGCUGGCAGAGGUGAGUGUUUCUCAAGUUUCCUCUGAUAAUCCAACCACGGCUGAAGGGCUUACGAAACAGCUCAUGUCUACCCCUGAUCUAUGGGGCUCAGGAACGUCCUUUCUCCACUCUGCAUAUCUUCUGCUGCAGCGGUUUCACCACCGCACCAGGCUGUGGACCGGUGUGAGCAAUGUGAUUGUGUCGUGGGUGUCAUUGCUGGAUGUCAAAGCACUGAUAGCUGGCCGUGAUGGCGACCCGCUGAUCGACCUGGGCAGCCUUUCAUCCAAGGCAAGCACUACGUCUGAACUGGCCACGGAAGACAAAUGGGCCGACAAUAGCGGCGACGAGGAGCCACCGAAGCCUGCAUACCUUAUGCGUGAAGCCAUCACGGGCCCGGCCUUUCGCUUCUUCCUGCAAACACAACAGGUUAUCCGACGGAUUGUGUGCAUCGACCUGCAUCACCGCAGUCGCGGGACUGUCAGUGAUGAGUUUGAGGUGCUCCAGAUAGCACACCAGGUCGGGGCCGACCUCGAGACGCUCUGGAAUCGGCGUCCGCGCGUGCUGGACGUCUACAGUACGCCUGAGGACCUCUUUAAUACUCUACAGCCUGCUGUCGCGAUCGAAAUCUGCCGGAUGUUCCGACAGUACAUCGCCAACUUCUUAGCGAUCUUUAUCUAUCUACAUCGGGUCGCGUUCGCCAUCUACCCACGGACUGACCGAGUGCAUCGCGCAGUGGAUCGGAUCAUUCAAUUGGCAACUGCUGAGGUGGAGUCCGGGGGCAAUCAGCAACAUUUGCCCGCCAGCUUUGUAUGGCCGUUAUUUGUGGCUGGUCUCGAGGGAUCGUUGGAGCAGCGAAGAUGGAUUGUGAAAGAGAUGCAACGGAUUACUGGCAGCUGUAGUAGUGGCUGUCAGGAUCCCGAGCGCAUCCGUGGAAGCUCUCGUACGGCGCGACAUCCGCAUGCGGGGAAAGCAUUGCUACUGCUGGAGGAGAUGACGCGACGACAAGAUGCGUCGCGGACAUGGGCGGACUCGCGGUGCGUGCGACGGGAGCUAUUUACUGACUUCUUCGUGAUGAUCUAG